UGCGCAAAGUGAGUGAGCGAGUGAGAGAGAGAGAUAGAGAGAGAGAUACUGGCAGACUGAAAAAGCAAAUUUGUUUCCUGUAUUACAACUUAGUUCCUUAACAGUUGUUUUACAGGGCGACAGCCGGUAAAGCUUUCUCAAAACUCUCGUAAAAUGCAAGCGAUCAAAUGUGUUGUUGUCGGAGAUGGAGCUGUGGGAAAGACCUGUCUUCUCAUCAGCUACACUACUAAUGCAUUCCCUGGGGAGUACAUUCCCACAGUGUUUGAUAACUACUCGGCAAAUGUAAUGGUGGACAGCAAACCAGUGAACCUGGGACUCUGGGAUACAGCUGGACAGGAAGACUAUGACAGAUUGCGGCCACUGUCUUACCCACAGACGGAUGUGUUUCUCAUCUGUUUCUCCCUGGUGAGCCCAGCAUCUUUUGAAAACGUCAGAGCCAAGUGGUACCCAGAGGUGAGGCACCACUGCCCUUCUACUCCAAUUAUUCUGGUUGGCACCAAGCUCGAUCUGAGGGACGAGAAGGAAACCAUUGAAAAGCUAAAGGAGAAAAAGCUGGCACCAAUCACUUACCCACAGGGUCUUGCAUUGGCCAAAGAAAUAGAUUCAGUAAAAUACCUGGAGUGUUCUGCUCUUACUCAGAGAGGUUUGAAGACAGUGUUUGAUGAAGCCAUACGUGCUGUGCUCUGCCCACAACCCACCAAGGUCAAGAAGAAGGGAUGUCUGCUGCUCUAAGUAUACACGGUACAUGAUUCAUCACUGUAAAAGAGGUACCAAAGGAAUCCAGUGGUUUUCUCCGACAACCAAACAUGGGAUCAAAAAGAAGUGUUGGUGGAACUUCAUUAAAUUGAUAAAGCCUUUCUUUUCUUUGUAGCUGAAUACAUGCCUUGAAUCCACCACGUUUAUACCAUUGAAAUAAUAUUAAGUGUAAAAAGGAGAAAAUAUUUAAUCAAAUAUAGUAUUGUUUAAUAUUGUGAUUGAUGUAGUUUUCGAUGGGAGCUGUUUGUAGUGGUCUUGUGUAAAAGAUCGCAUUUUUCUCUUUCCAUUCUAUUUUCUCAAGAUAUGAAAUGUAAUGUUCGUUGCUACACCAAAAAAGCACAAGUUCUUGUUACGCAGAGUUGAACUCGGGGAGGAUAUUUUAGACCUGUGAAUCACAUUCACAUUUAAUACAUGCAUAGUUAUUUUUAAGAAAUGGCAAAAAAUAAAGAGUACAACCCUUA